GAGAUGGUUCACCUGACUCACUCCUCACGUCACUGGAAGCUGCGGUGUAUCAAUGACUCCAGUGACUACGAAAACACGCCGCCGAACACUCAGAACAAUAGCAUCACUGUACCAAGGACGGCUCCGGCUGCAUUCGUGACAAGAUCGCGAAUGACGACCUCGCUUCCCCCGGAGCAUCGACUCCUCCCUGGCUUUUCCUUUCGAAAUCAAAAGUACAACCUGGUAGGGUUAUCGAGAGAUGUGCAGUGCCCGGCGCCACCCAUGGACGCAAAGACUACUCCGGCGCUCACCGAUUGCAUUGCCGGUACGAUGCCCAGUCAGCCCCACCACUUCCUCGCCUGUACUCCUCGAGACGCCACUGCGAUCACCUGUAUGCAUGAGAACAAGUGCGACACGUUGGCACAACCACCACUGUGGGACGCAGCACCGUCGCCAAGCUGCUGUACCGUCCUCUCGCAUGCAUCGGAAGGACCAACAGCGUGGCCGUCCUGUGGUCAGCCCGUAGGGCUCCAUGCACUUGAGUAUUCUUCCAAGCCACCGUCGAAUGCCUGGCAUACGUCUGAUGGGAUUGUCCCUGCUCGGCGGUCGAGCCGUGUUGCUCACCUUCGCGAGCAGUUCAAACCAAUGGCCACGGCGUUUCAAAAUGUGCCGUACGUCGGAUGA